AUGUACCUAGCAAAGAGAAUCCGGCUGAUGGACCCUCUCGCGGCGAAUACGGCCCACCCACCCACCUUCUUGCCGCCUUCGAAAUCCCAGUCAACCUCAGGCCAUACGUCACAGACUACGACACACCUCUUUGCUCAACUGAGCUCCGUCUUAUACGGGAAGGAAGAGCACCAAUGGCAGCCCCAAGACUUGAUGCAGCGUCAAGGCGCCAGCAGUGUAGAACCGCAGACGAAGGCCAGGCACAACAUGAGGAAGAAUUCACUGCCCAAGCGGAAGCAGAGCGAUAAGCGCAACCGCUUUGUGCCAGCAAAUCGCAGCAUCCAAGAGGUGGACACAGUGCACCCCACCUGCCCACCAGCACCAUACCAAGAAGCACUUACUCCACAUUUCUCACUGCAACGUCCCCAUGUGCUCGCACAAGAACGGUUGACGUGUUGGAAGCCAACCACCCCACGAAAUGUCCUUGGCCAUCCCACCAACCUAACCGAAGCCAACCUCCGCAGAAUCCUGGAGGUAAUGGAGGGUGCAUGGGCGGAAGGCACGCGAGAGGGCUAUGGGUCAGGCCUGCUAGUAUACCAUGUAUUCUGCGAUCAGAAAGGGAUCAGCGAAGAGCAAUGGGCGCCUGCGUCUCCCAUCCUCAUUGCCUCGUUCAUUGCUACUAUCACAGGCGCAUACACGGGAGGCACCAUUUCCAACUAUGUCUUUGGAGUGAGAGCCUGGCACCUUCUUCAUGGGGUCUCAUGGCGGAUGAAUUCUAGUGAGCUCGAGACACUCUUGAAGGCAGCUGCGAAGGCAGCCCCAGCCUCAACAAAACGGAAGAAGAGGCUACCGUACACAAAAGAGUUCAUGCUGGCUAUUCGCGACAAGCUGGACCUUGAAACGCCGCUGGAUGCCGCCGUCUAUGCAUGCCUCACAACGACCUUCUGGUCAGCCGCAAGACUCGGAGAGUUCACAGUUAAAAACCUCACAGACUUCAAAGCUACGCACCACGUCAAACCAUCAGACGUAAUAACCACCACGGAUGCCAACGGUUUGACGACGACAGCCUUUCACAUCCCAGUUACAAAAACGGAGCCAAUCGAAGGCGAGGAUGUGUCCUGGUCCAAACAGAAUGGGGAUACUGACCCAGCAGCUGCCCUCGACAAACAUCUCUCAACGCUAGCCAAGGCCGCUCAAGCUGCAGGUCUGGACCCGCUGCAAGGUCAUGGCAUUCGCAUCGGCUCAACCCUCGAGUACCUCCUACGAGGUAUACCUUUUGAGGUAAUGAAAGUCAAGGGCCGCUGGGCCAGUGACGCUUUCCUCACCUAUCUGAGGAAGCACACACAAAUCCUUGCCCCAUACAUGCAAGCCAAUCCUCUCCACCACAACGAAUUCAUCAGGCUGACCAUGCCACCCAUCCGCCGCGGCUAA